GCACACACACACACACACACACACACACACACACACGCACGCACGCACACACAUGUAUUUGGUGCUGUCGUAAAACCCACGUGUCCAGUCGAGAGGCUGCCAGAGCAGAGCCCAAGCGCCGAAAGCGGCCGAGAGCAGCAGCCAGAGGCGGUUCAGUCCCGCGUCCUCCCGCGCCCCGGCGCUCUCUGCGGAGCUGCUCUUGCGCCCUUCGCGGGCCUCCGUGUCCUUUGCCGGCAUUCCGGGGAGGGCUCCAGGCUGCGGGGUCUCUAAGGCUCUCCGUGUCCUCCGGCUUGGGGUCAUGUAGCUCGCCCGGGGCUCCCACCCAACCGCCCGUGCACCGAGACGGCCUCCCGCACCCAGGAACGCUAGCCCCGGCCGGCUGCUCUCAGUCCCCAGCUCGAGGCGUCGGACAUGCUGAAGCCGGGGGACCCCGGCGGCUCGGCCUUCCUCAAAGUGGAUCCGGCUUACCUGCAGCACUGGCAGCAACUCUUCCCGCACGGAGGCGGCGGCGGCGGCUCGCUCAAAGGCAGCGGCGCCCCGCUCGCCCUGGGCGCGCCCCAGCCGCUGCAGCCGCCUCCACCGCCACCGCAGCCUCCCGAGCGCGCCGAGCCUCCUCCGGACGGCCUGCGGCCCCGGCCCGCCUCGCUCUCGUCUGUCUCGUCCAUUCCGGCUCCUUCCUCUACCCCUGCCUCUUCUGCCUCCUCCUGCGCCGCGGCUGCCGCUGCCGCCGCCGCCGCCGCACUGGCGGGUCUCUCGGCCCUGCCCGUGGCGCAGAUGCCGGUGUUCGCGCCUCUAGCUGCUGCCGCGGUGGCCGCCGAGCCGCUGCCCCCAAAGGACCUGUGCCUCGGCGCCUCCUCCGGCCCCGGGCCGGCUAAGUGUGGCGGCAGCGGUGGCAGCGUGGGGGACGGCCGGGGCGUCCCACGUUUCCGCUGCAGCGCCGAGGAGCUGGACUAUUACCUGUACGGGCAGCAGCGCAUGGAAAUCAUCCCGCUCAACCAGCACACCAGCGACCCCAACAACCGUUGCGACAUGUGCGCGGACAACCGCAACGGGGAGUGCCCCAUGCACGGGCCACUGCACUCGCUGCGCCGGCUCGUGGGCACCAGCAGCGCGGCGGCCGCUGCACCCCCGCCGGAGCUGCCCGAGUGGCUGCGGGACCUGCCGCGGGAGGUGUGCCUGUGCACCAGCACGGUGCCAGGCCUGGCAUACGGCAUCUGUGCCGCGCAGAGGAUCCAGCAGGGCACCUGGAUUGGGCCCUUCCAGGGCGUGCUCCUGCCCCCGGAGAAAGUGCAGACCGGCGCAGUGAGGAACACGCAGCACCUCUGGGAGAUAUAUGAUCAAGAUGGGAGACUUCAGCACUUUAUUGAUGGUGGGGAGCCUAGUAAGUCGAGCUGGAUGAGGUAUAUCCGAUGUGCAAGGCACUGUGGAGAACAGAAUCUAACAGUAGUUCAGUACAGGUCGAAUAUAUUCUACCGAGCCUGUAUAGAUAUUCCCAGGGGCACCGAGCUUCUGGUGUGGUACAAUGACAGCUAUACAUCUUUCUUUGGGAUCCCUUUACAAUGCAUUGCCCAGGAUGAAAACUUGAACGUCCCUUCCACCGUAAUGGAAGCCAUGUGCCGACAAGACACCCUGCAGCCCUUCAACAAAAGCAGCAAGCUUUCUCCCUCUGGCCAGCAGCGCUCCGUGGUUUUCCCACAGACUCCCUGCAGCAGGAAUUUCUCCCUCUUGGAUAAAUCUGGGCCCAUGGAGGCAGGAUUUAACCAAAUCAACGUAAAGAAUCAGAGGGUCCUGGCGAGCCCGACCUCAACCAGCCAGCUGCACUCGGAGUUCAGCGACUGGCACCUCUGGAAGUGCGGCCAGUGCUUUAAGACUUUCACGCAGCGCAUUCUCCUGCAGAUGCACGUGUGCACGCAGAACCCCGACAGACCCUACCAGUGUGGCCACUGCUCGCAGUCCUUUUCCCAGCCAUCAGAACUGAGGAACCACGUAGUCACUCACUCCAGUGACCGGCCUUUCAAGUGUGGCUACUGUGGCCGUGCCUUUGCUGGGGCCACCACCCUCAACAACCACAUCCGGACUCACACUGGAGAAAAGCCUUUCAAGUGCGAGAGGUGCGAGAGGAGCUUCACCCAGGCCACGCAGCUGAGUCGACACCAGCGCAUGCCCAAUGAGUGCAAGCCGAUAACCGAGAGCCCGGAAUCAAUCGAAGUGGAUUAACUGAUUGACUGGCCGGAAUUAAACCGCAAGGAAAGUCAUGAUUAAAUGUCACGGACACUUAAGCAAAACCAAAGAUUUCCUCUGAACAACUUUCAAUCAGUCCCAGAAAACCAAAAGCAGUAAUAAAAUAAGUAAGAUGUUAAGAGAUAUUGAUCCUGGCGUGGAAGUCAGACCAGGCAAGAGAUUAUUUAUUUAUGACUAGGGAUGAGACAGAUUUCCGUGGACAGCUCACCUGGGAUGGCUAGAGUUUCCAGUCCCAACCAUGUGUUUGCUUUAUUUCUAAAAAGCUUUUUAAAAACUGUUAUUUAAUACCAAAGGGAGGAUUCCUCUGCCCACAGUUGUGAGAAAGAACGCACAGGGACUUGGUUCUCGUCGCACCUUUUUUUCUAGUAGCAUGUUUCAAGGGGACCCGUUCUGUGGCCUUCCUCCUGUGUAGGCCUAGCUUGCCCGAUGUUGGUUACCCCAGCAAGGAAGGCUGAGGCCCAAGCAAGAACCUGGCUAAAGCGGCGCCUGCAGCCUCAGAGGCAGCCCUGUUCACAGUUUCACUCCUGAUGCACUUUCUUGUGGCUCCUCCCACCCCACAGCCUGGAACUGAUGCUGGAAAAGGAAAAAAAAAAAAUGGUUUCAGACGCAAACUCAAAGGAUGAACGUGGAGGACUUGCUUUGUCCUGUCCGGAUUUCAAACACAUUUAAAGUGUAUGGAGCUUCAUAAUACAAUAUAUUGUUCCGAAGCAGCUAGUUGAGAAAAAUGUUGGUUUCAAUAACAUUUUAGCUUAAGAAAAAUGAAAACAGAAAUAAAGUUCUUUGGUCUGAGGCUGAAG